AUGUCCUCCAACGACGAGAAGGCCGUGGCCACCGACACCAAGCCGUUCACCGAGAACGUGCACAUCGAGCAGAUGCCGCAGCUCAAGCAUGCCGACGGGUGGGAUCAGCUGCGCCAGGAUGCCAUCGACGCCGAGGAGGCCGAGACCAACAUGGGCCUGUGGGAGUCGCUGCGGACGUACCCCACUGCCGUGUUCUGGUCGUUUGCCAUCUCGCUCGUCAUCAUCAUGGAGGGCUAUGAUACUGCGCUGCUUGGUAACAUCCUUGCGCUCCCCCCUUACCGCCAGAAGUUUGGCUUCUGGUCCGGCGAGGAGCACGGAUACCAGCUCACCGCGGCAUGGCAGACUGCCGUUGGCCAGGCGCCGACCAUCGGAAACUUCUUUGGUAUUUUCAUUGCUAGUUACGCCCAGGACCGGUGGGGAUACCGCCGCACUAUUCAGGUCAACCUGGUGCUCAUGGCUGGCUUCAUUUUUAUCGUGUUUUUCUCUCCCUCAAUCGAGGUCCUGUUCGUCGGUGAGCUCCUCUGCGGUAUUCCGUGGGGCGCGUUUUCUUCGUCCGCCGUCUCCUACGCUUCAGAGGUCACCCCAGUCAGCCUGCGCGGCUACCUCACGACAUACAUCAACCUUUGCUGGGUUAUCGGCCAGUUCAUCUCUGCAGGUGUCCUCGUCGGCGUCAGCCACCGCACCGACCAGUGGUCGUACAAGAUCCCCUGGGCGAUCCAGUGGAUCUGGCCCGUUCCGCUCUUCCUCCUCGUCACAUUCGCGCCCGAGUCGCCGUGGUUCUACGUCCGCAAGGGCAUGCUGCCCGAGGCCGAGGCGGCCGUCAAGCGGCUCAGCAGCAAGACGAACAAGGUCGACCCGGCCAAGACGGUCGCCAUGAUGGUGCGCACCAACCAGCUCGAGAUCGACAACGAGACCGGCUCGUCGUACCUCGACUGCUUCAAGGGUGUCGACCUCCGCCGCACCGAGAUCGCGUGUAUCGGCUGGGCGGCGCAAGUGCUCUCUGGCUCGUCGUUUGCCAACAUGCCGACAUACUACUUUGAGCAGGCUGGUCUGUCGACCGAACACGCGUUCCAGAUGGGUCUCGGCACCAUGGCUAUGGCUUUCGUUGGCACUUGCAGCUCGUGGAUCACGUUGACGUACUUUGGCCGCCGGACAAUCUACCUCGUUGGACUCAGCGUGCUGUGCCUACUACUGUUCCUCGUCGGAGGAACUUCAUUCCCCGCCGAGACGCAGAGCGGGGCUAAGUGGGGACAGGCAGCGCUCGUCAUGCUCUGGGUCCUGGUGUAUGACAUGACUGUGGGCCCUAUGGCUUACUGCGUCGUCGGCGAGGUGUCAUCUACCCGCCUCCGUGGCAAGACGGUCGGCCUCGCACGCAACGUGUACAACAUGACUGGUGUUGUAUCGGGCAUUCUCUGCACGUACAUGAUCAACCCGACUGCCUGGAAUUGGCGCGGCAAGGCUGGUUUCUUCUGGGGCGGCUCGUGCUUCUUCAUCCUCGUGUGGACCUACUUCCGCCUGCCCGAGUGCAAGGGGCGCUCGUACCGCGAGCUCGACAUUCUCUUCGAGCGCCGCGUCCCGGCUCGCAAGUUCAAGGAGACGGUGGUGGGCGAGGAGGAGGACAGCUAGAGUGGGGCGGAGUGGGUGUUGUGACGGUCAGAUCGCCGGAAAGUGUGGUAGGAUCACGGAAGAACGUGUCAUAGUGGGACCUCAAGGAGCUAGUGGCCUUGUGGAAUGCUUGGAACCGGUG